AUGGAACAUUAUGCCCCUCAUCUAUCCUCGCAAUUCGAAGGCUACUACUCCAAGUUCGACCUCGCCUCAGGUUCGCAUAUCGCUCUAAUCAUAUGCUCCGUGCCUAAUGCGUCUUCGCGCCCACACAUGGUCUCAUUUACAUACUACCCUUCCUCUGGCCACCCGAUAUUCCAGCGCGAGCAUUUCGUUGACAACAUCGAGCGCGUGACCACCGAUGAGAAGAGCAAGGCUUUCGAGCUCCGGGUGCCGGGUAUGGGACUCAUGAGGACCGAGAGUGACGGGCGCGCAAGCUAUAAGCUGGAAGCCGAGGACGGGAGUUGGAAGCUUGAAGCGCAAUGUGAGGAGUACACAGCGUGGAGAAAAGACAAAAACACGCCCGAAGGAUGGAUGAUCAACCUCCCAUUCCCGCUACACUGGCACGUCCACUCUGUUUGCUCCCCAGCUACGUUCUCUCUCGACAUACCCGCUCUGGGCAAAGAUUUCCCAGCACAAGAUAAAAAAAGCCGUGCUACAAUCCAUCAAGAAAAGAACUGGGCCAACAGUUUCCCCGAUGCACACAUGUGGGUGCAAGCCUGGGAUAACGAACAAAAACGCGGUAUUUGUCUGGCUGGCGGAAAGAUCAUGUAUAACACUGCGUACAUGCUCGGAUACCGAUCCCCAUCUCUCAACCUCGAUUUCGUACCACCAUUCUCAGUCUCCUACCUGAAUAUCCUCAGUCCCUUCAUGAGCUCCACGAACGACUGGGACACGCGCUCUUUCUCUCUAUCUGUAUCGAAUUACUUUCACAAACUAGAGCUUAAAGCCCAUGCGCCAAAGGAGCCAGGCUGGUUCGGCCUCGCCAGUCCGUUCCCGGAUGGUCAUCGGCCAAACUUCUGCAAGGAGAGUUUUAUUGCGACGAUUGAGGCGAGGAUCUGGGAGAAGGAGGGUUGGUGGCCGUGGAGUGCUUGGAGGGAGAUUAAGACAGAAAAGUGGGAGGGUGCGAGUCUGGAAUUUGCGGGAGGGUAUUAUCCAGAGAGGGGAGAGAGCAAGCAAGACUGA